AGCACACUUACCUACUGUCACAGAUGGACGAGCAGCAGAUGGUGGUCGCUGGGUGGUGGUCCUCGCUGGUGGUGAUGAGUUGUUCCUCUUCUUUCGGUGGUGGUGGUCGCUGGAGGUGCGCCUAAAGGAGGUUAGGGGUGGUGGCGUUGUCAGUGGUGGUGGUGGCUGCUGGUCGCCUAAAUGAAGUUAGGGCAAAGAAAAUUUGGGGGAAAGAAGAAGUGAUGGACAAUGAAAGGAGGGAAAGAUGGG